AUGCGUCUUGAAAAAGUUCUUGCUAAAGAUAUAUUUUCUUUCAAUUUCAAGGACUACGUCAUGAGCGCAACCAUUAUCAAUUUUGGUUACUCAUUUCAUGAAGCACAAGUGGGAAUAGAGAGGAACGAUGUAUCCUGCGUCCAAGAAAGGUGUAGACAUUUUUUAAUUGAACUUUGUUAUCAUAUUCAAUCUCGAUUACCGUCCAACAUUGAAGUUCUCGAAAAAAUAAACUUGUUAACUCCUGAAAACGCGACGAGCCAAGUUAAAAGACCUAAUAUUACAACUUUAGCUGCCAUUUUCCAAUGCUGCUCUGGAAAGAACAUUUUCACUUGCAAAUCUGAUUACAGAGAAGUUGCGGAACCGACUAGCAAUUAG